AUGGCGGAUCAGCAACUAGAAAGGCAGCUGCGUUCCCGGAGAUCUACGCUGCUAGCAUCGCUGAGUCGGGCAGAGGCUUUUGAUGCUGAUUUCGACGUUCAACGAGACCAAACGCAGGUAACAUUAAGAUUACAAUAUCUUUCCGGAAUAUGGGAUAACUUAGAGGCCGUGCAGGCUCAAUUAGAGGACAUUGAAGCCAGUCCAGAGGGUCAAGCGGAGCAUGCAGCGGCACGUGCCGAUUUUGAAUCCCGUCUCUUCACAAUAAAAGCCAGUCUAAUUUCGAAAUUGCCUUCUGUUCCUGCUAGUCAGAGCCCUCAGCCCUCUCGGUCUUCCUCCACUCUCUCGGGCAUCAAGUUGCCAACAAUUUCUCUUCCGGAAUUCGAUGGUGAUUAUAAGCAGUGGCUUGCUUUUCACGGCACUUUCCUAGCGUUGAUACAUUCAAACAGUGAAGUUCCGGAUAUUCAAAAGUUUCAUUACCUGCGUGCAGCUGCACUCUUCGACAUUCCGUGCAUGAAAAAGGAGUCCGCUACAACGUUACAUGGGUUAGUAGACGAGUUCGAGCGGUACGUUAAAAUUCUUCAUCAACUGGGCGAGCCAACCGGUUCGUGGGGUACCAUCUUGGAGCAUCUUCUGUGUACCCGCCUGCAUGACAGCACUCUUCGAGAAUGGGAAAACCAUGCCUCGACUGUAGAGAAUCCUGAUUACACCUGCUUAAUCGAUUUCCUCCAAAGAAGGACCAGAGUUUUGGAUUCAAUAUCAGUGAAUCAUAACCACGCUUCCAAUCCUGCUUCUGUUACGCCAGCUAACACAUCAAAGCGACCCUUUCACUCGCAAUAUCGUUUGUCUUCCUACUCGUCUACAGCAAAUUCAGUAGGAUCCAAACCCACAGAAAGAUGUGGUGUUUGCGGUCAACCGCACAUGGCGAUAAAAUGCCCAAAGUUUAACCAGCUUACGUUUGGUGAACGUCAGCAACUCGUUCAAUCCAAACGACUUUGUCAUAAUUGUUUGAAAACUGGCCACAUGGUUCGCAAUUGUUUAUCCAACUCCAGUUGUCAUAAAUGCAAUCGUCGUCAUCAUACUCUACUGCAUUCUACGCAAGGUGACGGAUCACGAAGGACCAUCGAAGCAACUGCUUCAAGUUCUACUCUACCGGAGAAUUCGCAACCUGACGAACUUACUGCAGCAACCGCGUCGGCCCAGUCUUCAGUUCCAGCUACCGAAAAUGUUCCAGAAGUGGAAGUCAGCUCCGCUGUCCAGCAUCCAAGAGAGAAUGUUUUCCUGCUCACUGUGAUCGUGAAGGUAAUCGACGCCUUCGGACAUACGCAUCUGGCUCGCGCUCUGUUGGACAGCGCAUCGCAGCCAAAUCUCAUCACAGAUCGAAUGGCUCAAAUUCUUCGCUUAAGAAGGGAUCGUGUUAAUGUUACCGUACAGGGAGCCGGUAAACUUUGUAAGCCGGUUCGGGAAUCAGUGUUUGCCCAAAUCCAUUCUAGACGGGAUGAUUUUUCUUGCGGUGUAAGUUUCCUAGUAAUGGAUAAGGUAACGGCAAAUCUUCCUUCUCAGGAUAUUUCUACAACUGGAUGGAAAAUUCCCAAGGGAUUGUUCCUGGCAGAUCCAUCGUUCAACAAGAGUCAACCAAUCGAUAUGGUAUUAGGAGCCAGACAUUUCUAUUCGUUCUUUCCCAGUUCUGCGCGUAUUCAGUUGGACAAAAAUCUACCGCUUUUAGUAGACAGCGUCUUCGGAUGGACUAUUGUUGGCUCUGCAAGUCCUGUUCUUUCUUCACCAGUUUCUUCUUCGGCAGUCUGCAAUACCGUAUUAGUUUCGAAUAUCUCUCUGGAAGGCAACUACUCGGUUGAGGAGACGCAAUGUGAAACCCUGUACCAGGCUACUGUUUCCCGAAAUCCUGAAGGACGCUAUUUUGUACGCUACCCCAAGAAGCCUGAUUUCGAAUCAAUAUUAGGUGAAUCAAAACCUGCAGCUAUGAGACGAUUUGAAUUACUUGAAAGACGGCUGCAGCGAAACCCACUACUUAAAGAUGAUUAUCACCAGUUCAUGCGAGAGUAUCUCUCCCUUGGCCAUAUGCAGUUGAUCAAAGAGGACGAAGAACACAACUCUCGAGCCAAUUAUUUACCUCACCACCCCGUAAUUAAGGAAGCAAGUUCGACAACCAAGGUUCGAGUCGUUUUCGACGGCUCUCCGUCUCAAAAACUUCUACCGGUUUCUCGCUCAAUGAAGCUCUUUGCGUAG